AUGUCCUCGCGCGGCCCCCGGCCCCCGCCCCGCCGCCGCCGCCCGCCGCGCCCCUCCUGCUGUUGCUGCUGCCGCCGCCGCUCGCACCUCGACGAGGACACCGGUCGCUUCGUGCUACUGGCGGCGCUCAUCGGCCUUUACCUGGUGGCGGGCGCCACGGUCUUCUCGGCACUGGAGAGCCCCGGCGAGGCGGAGGCGCGCGCGCGCUGGGGCGCCACGCUGCGCAACUUCAGCGCGGCGCACGGCGUGGCGGAGCCCGAGCUGCGCGCUUUCCUCCGGCACUACGAGGCCGCGCUGGCCGCCGGGGUCCGCGCUGACGCCCUGCGCCCGCGCUGGGACUUCCCGGGCGCCUUCUACUUCGUGGGCACUGUGGUGUCGACCAUAGGUUUCGGCAUGACCACGCCUGCCACUGUGGGCGGAAAGGCCUUCCUCAUUGCCUACGGGCUGUUCGGCUGCGCGGGGACUAUCUUGUUCUUCAACCUCUUCCUGGAGCGCAUCAUCUCGCUGCUGGCCUUCGUGAUGCGCGCGUGCCGCGAGCGCCGCCUGCGCCGCAGUGGGCUGCUGCCCGCGCCACUGCGCCCCGAGGCCGACGGGCUGGCGGGCUGGAAGCCCUCUGUGUACCACGUGCUGCUCAUCCUGGGGCUCUUCGCCGUGCUGCUGUCCUGCUGCGCCUCCGCCAUGUACGCCAGCGUGGAGGGCUGGGGCUACGUGGACUCGCUUUACUUCUGCUUCGUCACCUUCAGCACGAUUGGCUUCGGGGACCUGGUGAGCAGCCAGCGCGCCGCCUACCGCAACCAGGGCCUCUACCGCCUGGGCAACUUCCUCUUCAUCCUGCUCGGCGUGUGCUGCAUCUACUCGCUCUUCAACGUCGUCUCCAUCCUCAUCAAGCAGGUGCUCAACUGGAUGCUGCGCAAGCUGAGCUGCGCCUGCUGCGCGCGCUGCUGCCCGACGCCCGGCGCGCCCCUGGCCCGGCGCAACGCCAUCACACCGGGCUCGCGCCUGCGCCGCCGCCUGGCCGCGCUCGGAGCCCGCCCCGCGCCUCGCGACCCCGACGCCGAGGGCCGCCGCCUCUCCGGCGAGCUUAUCUCCAUGCGUGAUCUCACGGCUUCCAACAAGGUGUCGCUAGCCCUGCUACAGAAGCAGCUGUCGGAGACGGCCAACGGCCACCCGCGCGGUGCGUGCAUCCCCGCGCGCCAGAACGGCUUCUCGGGGGGCGUGGGCGCGCUGGGCAUCAUGAACAACCGGCUGGCAGAGACCAGCGCCGCCAGGUAGAGCGCUCUCGAAUCUGGCGCUUUCUUAAUCUUUAUCCAAUAAAAUGAAACCAAAAAAAGAAAUUUUUAAAAGAAAUGCUAUUUGGCCAGGCCUGAUAUUAUGAAGGGCAGGUUUUGGGGGAGCCCGUGUCCUCAGCAGGUUCUCCAGGGAGAAAAAGUGGCACCCCAAGUCCCCACCUGGCUCCAGCCGCAGCAAGGAGAGCUCCAUUCCCGGGCUCUGCAGACUGGCACCAGACCCUUCCUCAUGCUCAUAAGCAGCUGGCAACCCCAAAACAUAUGGUGCAUCUUUUCAUGGCUCUGAAUUACCUCCACAGCAUUUAGAAUCCUGGCCCAGCCUAGCAGCUUCCUUCUGGUCAUCAGAAGUGAGAUAGUCACAGUUUUGACAGGUGGGGGUGGGGACAGCCAUAUGUUGCCUCCCGUGUGUGUAUAUAUAGAACAGCCACUACACACAGACAAUGCUGUAGUAUUAUGCAAGGAGAUGAGGCAUAGCACCCACUUGCGGACUGUGGCAUUUCCCCCACAUUUGCAAAUUGCAAAUGGUAAGGGGCUUAGCUGGCCUUUCCCAGCCUGGAGGUAGUCCACUCGGCACAGCACACAGGGCAGUGACUAGCUCAGGAGGGGAGCGCUCAGGCAAAGGGACCCUGCCCUGCUCCAUCCGGAACCCCCAACGCUGUUCACACUUGCAAGCUUCAUCCACACACAGGAGAGUUCACCAUUACUAAUGAACUAUGUGACACAUCUCAAACAAGAGGUUUUCUUUUUUUUCUUAACUACCGUUGAUCAGUUCAACUUUUUUCCUUGUUAAAGAGCACAGCCCACAUCCCCUCGCCCCGAUGAGUCAGGGAGCUGCCAGCUAUACCAGGAACCCAAAGCAGCCCUCUACAAAUAUCAGGGCAUUUGGCUCCAGGGCCCAUGGAAGAUGCGGAAGGACAGAAUCAAGGAAUGUAUUUCUUAUGUGCACAGUCUGCAGUGGAGGUGGAGGGAGGGAGGUGGGGGAGCUGGCAGGAACCCUGGAAGGAACUUGAGGGUUACAGUCAUGUUGUGUAUGAUCCUCAGGCUCAAGAACCGAUUCUCCUGGAUUCUGCAACUUGUGGGGCUAGAAGUGGGGAAUGGAGCUGUGAAGCAACACUUCUCUGCCCUUGUUUCUUACCUAAAGAAAUGUUGACCCUCAGGACCAGGAUGUGACCCCAUCUGAUAGGAAGACUUAGAAAAGUACCACCUUGCCACCAUCUCUAGCAAUGCUGUGACCUCUCCCUCUCUGGCAUUGCCGGUAGCGCACACACACACACACGCACACACACACAAGCAGGCACAUGUGCAUGCUCACAUGCAAACAGCAUUAAGAGUCAUGCUUGACGGGCCUGGGAUU